AUGUCGUAUGCCUCUGCUGCUGUUGGUGAUACGAGUGGGAGCAGUGGACCACAAAGAGAAAACGAGAAUGAGCAUAACGUUUCGACGAAGAAGGAGAAAAUAAGAUACUAUAAGAGCACCCACGCACCGAAUUACCCAAGCAGACAACGUAGCGAUGGACCAAAUCACGCAUCAAAAACGCGAACUCACCAUCACCAUCGUAACCAACACCACCACCACCACCACCACCAAAACCCACAACCACGACAACACCCCGACCAAACGAACAAACCCUCAACGACCAAUUCCUUCCACAGGCCCAACACCGCCAACCCAGAACCCCACGUCUACGUCCUCACCCUCCGCCUAACCCCGAGCAUCUCCGACCCCAUGUCCUCCCUCCGCACCACCUACUUCCCAGCCCACCUGAACCGCACGCCAGCGCACCUGACCAUCUUCCACGCCCUCCCGGACUCCCACAUCGACUCAAUAGAAUCCACGCUUCGCGCCGUGGGCGACUCCACGCCCGCAUUCCCCGUCUCCGCCGGCGCAGUGUUCCGCAUGCGCCGCGGCGUGGGCGUGAGGCUGGGCGACGGGAUAGGCCAGGCUAGGACGUUGCGCGGGGCGUUGAAGCGCGAGUGGGAGGGCUGGCUCAGCGAGCAGGAUAGGGGGGGUUGGGUCCCGCAUUGGACGGUCAUGAAUAAGGUUGAUGGGGAGGAGAGGGUACAGGAGGGGUUGGAGGGGACGAAGGAGGCUCUUGGGAGGGAGGAGGUCAGGGGGAUGGCGACGGGGUUGGAGGUCUGGAGGUACGAUCGUGGAAGGUGGGUUUGGAGAGCGGAGUUUGAGUUUCGGGGGGAGUAA